AUGAAUCACGGACAGCAUCAACGGGAAUCAGCUACAUCAGGCUCAUUACCAGCAUCAUCUGCAUUGGAAACACGACAUAAUUGUCCUUAUUUGGAUUAGAACUGGGCUGAAUCUCACUUUACUUUUAAUGAAAGAGGAAAUUUAGACACAGAAAUGGGAGCUCUGAGCAGACAUGAGUUUUUCCAGGAGCUGGGAACAAGCUGCAUGCUCCCGACUGUCCUGCAGGGUCUAGAACAAGUAUGGCAGCUGAUGCUCAUCUGCAUAGUGUGUAGGCUGCUGUGGAGAUUUGGUCUGCCCUCUUUUGUGAAACACCUUAGUACGGUAUCAGGUGGCUUUUACACUCUCUACCUCUUCUUUGAGCUGCACAUGGUUUGGGUUGUGCUUCUCAGCGUACUCUGCUACCUCAUCCUCUUCCUGUGUCGUCAUUCUAGCAGCCGUGGCCCCUUUCUAUCCAUCACAAUCCUCAUCUACCUGCUUCUGGGAGAGUUGCAUAUGAUGGAUACAAUUACCUGGCAUAAAAUGAGAGGUUCCCAGAUGGUAGUGGCCAUGAAGGCAGUUUCUCUGGCUUUUGACUUAGACAAAGGCAUAGUAGAGAAAGUGCCCUCCCCAAUGGAGUUCAUGGGCUACAUUUACUUUGUGGGGACGGUGAUCUUUGGGCCCUGGAUCAGCUUCAACAACUACAUGGAUGCAGUGGAGAGUCAAAAACUUAGCGUCUCCUGGUUUGUGAAGUCAGUCAGCAGCUGUGUGAAGAGCCAGCUCUGUCUGGUUAUCUCCAACUGUGUUGCACCCUAUCUUUUUCCCUAUUUCAUCCCAGUCUUUGGAGACAAGCUUCUCCGCAACAAGAAGAGGCGAAAGAUAAGAGGCUCGAUUACAAGGUGGCUACAAGGCUAUGAGAAUACCCUGUCCUUCCAUUUCAGUAAUUACUUUGUGAGUUACCUUGGUGAGACAACUGCCACACUGGCAGGAGCUGGUUUCACAGAGGAAAAAGACAAUCUUAAAUGGGACAUGACAAUAGCGAAGCCACUAAAUGUUGAGUUUCCAAGGUCUAUGGUGGAGGUGGUCACUUCCUGGAACCUUUCCAUGUCCCGCUGGCUCAAUACUUAUGUGUUUAAAAAGUCCCUUAGAUAUGGGAACUUUACAGCUAUUAUCUUGACUUAUACAGUGAGCGCCCUGCUUCAUGGUCUAAGCUUCCAUAUUGGGGCAGUGCUAUUUACCCUAGGAUUCAUAACAUACAUUGAGCAUGUGCUGAGAAAAAGAUUGUCGGUAAUUUUAAAUGCAUGUGUCCUCUCCAAGAAAUGCCCAUUGGACUGCAAACACCAAAAUAAAAAGGCAAUGUGGGUAUAUGUAGUUAACGGGACUUUUAGUAUGCUAGCUGUUCUACAUUUAACAUACGUGGGCUCUAUCUUUGGCUCCAGCAUAGAUGAUACAGAUUCUGAAGAGGAUAGCAUGGCCAACCACACCAUUCAAAAAUGGACACAGCUCAGCUGGACAAGCCACUGGUUGACAUUUGGCCUUUGGGUCCUGUAUCGCCUUAUUCUAUGAACACUGAAACCUACAUACCUACAGAAAGAUUUGGAGAUAAUAGCAAUAACUAUGUUUUGUACAUAUGGACUGCGGAGGGGCUGUAGCCAUUUAUGAUAUCACUGUGAACUCGGGAUCACAGUGCUCAAAAACUGAUUUACAUUUACUAUUUAUCCAGAUGUCUCAAAGGUGAUCUAAAUGACAUUAUAUGCUGUACACUAAAUGUUUUUCAAAGAAGGGUUAUUUCAUAUAUGUUUUAAAUUUUUGUUCAACUUCUAGAUGUGUGGAAAAAAAAAGUAAGUCUUCUCAUUAGUUGUUUUAGAGAGCCCUAAAGUCAAACUGCACAAAUAAAGACUCAACCAGUGUUCUUAAAUUCUAUUCUAUAGUUAAGACACAGUUUAAUGCCGUUUUAGAGAUCAGACUUGCUCAAAAGGAGUUCUACUGUUGAUGACCCCAGAAGUCCAGAACUCUGGAAUGUUGGUUGGUUAAUUUGUUCAGCCUUGACUUGGUUUUGCAUCUUUCAUUUUCAUUCUAGAUGGAAAAUCAACUGCUAAUGCUGUAUCACUAAAGCACAUACCAUGCUGCGAUUCACAAUCAGAAUAUGUCCAUACCUGCCUCUGAUUUCAAGAGAGACAAACUUGCCACAUUUUUAAAUGGUCAUUCAUUCUCAUAGGGUUCCAAAUUAACAUUAGCUAAAUUUCACAUCCUCUCUUUUUAAUAAAUUGUUUUAGUGGUGACAAUAUUGGAAACUAUCUUAGAGAGUAGGCUCUAUUUGUAUUCAGCUCUGGGUGUCUUUACUAAUGUCAUGGUUUGACAUGUCUUAUGAUUUAACUUGUUUAAAUUUAGAUUAUUGUUCACAUCCUCCAGCACACCUGAAUUUAGUAUUUGGGACAAGGAGUCUAGGAGGACAGUAUUUGUUAUUACUCUAACUUUGUUAUUACUAUUUAGUAGUUUUAAACAUCAUUAGGUUGAAUUGGACACUGCUCUAUGAUGAGUUUUUAAGUGCACAAAUAGAAUAAUAAUUAUAAAUAAUUGAUAUUGGUGUUUUAAUAACUUUUCAUUUAUUGUGUUCUUACAUUUUCAACUUAUGAUUAAUUGUGAUAUUUAUAAAAAUGUUUUACUAUAUUGUUAAUUCAACCCAUACAUUUGUUUGUAAAUAACAAAUACAAUUAAAUGAAGACU